GCGGCGGCGGGGCUGUCUCAAGCUGCCGUCCCGCCCUCCCGUCCGGCUGCCGCUGCCGCCGCCUGUGUCGCCGCCGCUGCCUGGGACCCGGUUGAGGUGGACCGUGGGUUUGGGCCGGAGUGUGGCCCCGGCGCCGCUGCGUGAAGGGGCAAGCGGGCAGUCAGAAAAUGGGUAAGAAGAGUCGAGUAAAAACACAAAAAUCAGGCACUGGUGCUACAGCAAGUGUGUCACCAAAGGAAACCUUGAACCUGACGAGUGAACUGCUGCAGAAAUGCAGCAGCCCUGCUCCAGGCCCAGGGAAGGAGUGGGAAGAAUAUGUGCAGAUCCGGUCUCUAGUGGAGAAAAUACGGAAAAAGCAAAAAGGUCUGUCUGUUACUUUUGAUGGAAAAAGAGAAGAUUACUUUCCUAAUCUAAUGAAAUGGGCCUCUGAAAAUGGAGCUUCGGUUGAGGGUUUUGAAAUGGUUAAUUUCAAAGAAGAGGGCUUUGGUUUGAGAGCAACAAGAGAUAUCAAGGCAGAAGAAUUAUUUUUAUGGGUUCCACGGAAAUUACUAAUGACCGUUGAAUCUGCUAAAAACUCUAUUUUGGGACCCUUAUAUUCUCAAGACCGAAUUCUUCAAGCCAUGGGAAAUAUCGCACUGGCCUUUCACCUGCUGUGUGAGCGCGCCGACCCCAACUCCUUCUGGCAGCCCUACAUUCAGACCCUGCCCAGUGAGUACGACACCCCUCUCUACUUCGAGGAAGACGAAGUCCGGUCUCUGCAGUCCACACAGGCUGUCCACGAUGUCUUCAGCCAGUUCAAGAACACCGCUCGGCAGUACGCCUACUUCUACAAGGUCAUCCAGACCCAUCCUCAUGCCAACAAACUGCCCUUGAAGGAUUCUUUCACUUACGAGGACUACAGGUGGGCAGUCUCUUCUGUGAUGACACGACAAAACCAGAUUCCCACGGAGGACGGUUCCCGGGUGACCCUGGCUCUCAUUCCUCUGUGGGACAUGUGCAAUCACACCAAUGGCCUGAUCACCACUGGGUACAACCUGGAGGACGACCGCUGUGAGUGUGUGGCUCUGCAGGACUUCCGGGCUGGAGAACAGAUUUACAUUUUUUAUGGCACUCGGUCAAAUGCAGAGUUUGUGAUCCACAGUGGUUUUUUCUUUGACAAUAAUUCACACGACAGAGUGAAAAUAAAGCUUGGAGUGAGUAAAAGUGACAGGCUCUACGCGAUGAAGGCCGAGGUGUUGGCCCGCGCCGGCAUCCCCACGUCCAGCGUGUUCGCCCUGCACUUCACGGAGCCGCCCAUCUCUGCCCAGCUGCUGGCUUUUCUCCGGGUGUUCUGCAUGAGCGAAGAAGAACUGAAGGAACAUUUGCUAGGAGAUAAUGCUAUCGACAAAAUUUUCACCUUGGGUAAUUCGGAGUACCCUGUGAGCUGGGACAACGAGGUCAAACUCUGGACAUUUCUUGAAGAUCGAGCCUCACUUCUUUUAAAAACAUAUAAGACAACCAGUGAGGAAGACAAGUCCUUCUUGAAAAACCAUGACCUUUCUGUUCGUGCAAGAAUGGCCAUCAAGUUGCGCUUGGGUGAAAAAGAGAUUUUGGAAAAGGCAGUGAAGAGUGCAGCUGCCAACCGGGAGUAUUACCGCAAGCAAAUGGAGGAGGGGGCGCCGCUGCCCAAGUAUGAGGAGAGUAACCCAGGGCUGCUGGAGGGCGGUGGGGCGGACUCGAGGCUGCCGCUGGUCCUGCGCAGCCUGGAGGAGGAGGCUGGCGUGCAGGAGGCCCUCACCCUCUCCGAGGUGGUCAGCCGAGCAAAGGCUGCGGAAAACGGGCCCAUGAGUGGCCAGAACUCUAUUCCCAACGGGACCAGGUUAGAAAAGGAAAGUUUAGAUCCAGAGGAAAGGAAAAGAGCGACCGAAGACGCCAAAGAGCCCUUGGAGAGCCCCGAGGGAGUCGGUGAGCAGCUCUGAGGGCGCUCUGCCUGAGCUCGUUCGGGUUACGGACAGUCCCUGGCAUCGCUGUGCUCCCUGGUUUCACGUUUUUGUUGUGGUUUUUUUUCUUUUCUUUUCUUUUCUGCAGAGAGGAAAGUGUUUUUGCUGCUUUAUAUAAAAAUAAUUUUUUAAGUUAUUUAAAAAAUCUAGCUUCCCCUUUUGAUUAAGAUUGCCAUCUUGCUUUUAGGCAAAAACAAGUUAUCAAACCAUGACAGCAAAGGGGGCAGAGAGGAGCGUGGAAGAUGGUGCAGAGCCAUUGUGGGCAAAGUGUUUUCUUCCUGGGGAAGAAUUAGCUCCUCUCUCAGCUGUGCUUUUGUGGGCCUGUCAUCGUGACAGCCAGAAUGAAGGCGCUCUGCCUCCUGCCAAACGGGACAGGUUGGGGGCUGGGGGCUCCGUGCGGGAAGGGGGUGCAGUUGUACAGCCAAGAACGGGCUUGAGGUUUGGAAACUUGUCUGUGCAGAAUCUUUUUUCCCCUAAAAAUGUAACACUCCAUUACCAAAAGAGGAAGUAAGGUGGCAACCUUAUUUUUUAUUAGUUUUAAAUGUUGAGGAUAACCCUAAUUAUAUAAUUACACACACACACCUAGUGAUUUCUAAAGAUUUGUUUACUUUUUGUGUUUUGUUUACUGUAUUAAGAAUGUGUCCUUUCUCCUUGAAUCAACGUAGGACAUGCAUCAUUCCUAGUUUCAAAUGUUGGCCCUGCGCUUAAAGUGAUGCAUUUGAUUUCCAGUGCUGGGAGCGGAGUUUGCAGACCCAGCGGCCAUGUUUUCCGCGCCCAGGUUCAGAGUGAAGUGGCUUCCUGGCGCUUCUGGUUUUCACAACAAGCUAGAGAUUUUCAAAGCUACACUUUUGAGUAAAAAGCCUUUAUUAAAAGGAAAAUGUGAUUAA